AUGUUUAAAUCACUGAUAAUAAAAUUCAACAAAGUGACACCUGGAGAAAGGAAUGAAGAGAAUCACCAAGAUACAGAUCCAAGCAAUCAGAAUCAGCAACCCUUGAGACAGGAAGAAAAAGAAAGUGAAAAGAAGCACCUCAAAAUCAAGAUGAAUCAAGUCACAUUUGCUGAAUCACUCAACACAAUACAAGAUAAAUUCAGCCAGAAAAAUUUUCUCAGAGAUAUGACCACAAGCACGAGUCUACAAAAUGUAGCAGAAUCAUCCACAGCACUUUCAGAGAAGGAAAUUCAAUCUGCUGGGAAAGAAGCCAUCAGUCCAAAAAGUGAAUCAUGUAAAUCUACCAUUAUAAAUGAUUAUGCUGAUGUCCAGCUUCGCAAUCUGGUAAAAAGAAUGCGUCAAAGAACAGCACUCUACAAGAGAAAAUUGGCAGAAGGAGAUAUAUCCUCACCUGAAGCCAGCCCUCAAACUGCAAAACCCACAGCUGCGUUACGAACACAAGAAAGCAAUGCCAAACAAAAGGAAGAACAUUACCAUAAUUUGUUGUGCUGUGAAUUUUGGAAGAUGCCUCUAACAGACUAUCUAAAGAAAAUUAGACUUCCAGGAAGCAUAGAUUCAUACACAGAUCGAGUCUAUCUCCUAUGGCUCUUAUUUGUCACCAUAGCCUAUAACUGGAACUGCUGGAUAAUACCACUGCGCCUCGUCUUUCCAUAUCAAACGCCAGACAAUGUGCACUACUGGCUUAUUACAGACGCCAUCUGUGAUAUCAUCUAUCUUUGUGAUAUACUAUUAAUCCAGCCCAGACUCCAGUUUAUAAGAGGAGGAGACAUAAUAGUGGAUUCAAAUGAACUAAAGAGGCACUACAGGAGCUCUACAAAAUUUCAGUUGGAUGUGUCAUCUAUAGUACCUUUUGAUGUUUUCUACCUCUUCUUUGGGCUUAAUCCAAUAUUUAGGACAAACAGGAUGCUAAAGUACACUUCAUUUUUUGAAUUUAAUCAUCACCUAGAGUCUAUAAUGGAAAAGGCAUAUAUUUACAGAGUCAUUCGAACAACUGGAUACUUGCUGUUUACUCUACACAUUAAUGCUUGUAUUUAUUACUGGGCUUCAAACUAUGAAGGAAUUGGCAGUACCAAAUGGGUGUAUAAUGGAGAAGGAAACAAGUACUUAAGAUGUUAUUAUUGGGCAGUGAGAUCUUUGAUUACCAUUGGAGGUCUUUCAGACCCACAAACUUUAUUUGAAAUUGUUUUUCAAUUAUUGAAUUUUUUUCUGGGAGUUUUUGUAUUUUCCAGCUUAAUGGUCAGGAUGCGAGAUGUAAUCGGGGCAGCUACAGCCAAUCAGAACAACUUCCGUGUCUGCAUGGAUCAGACUAUUAAGUACAUGAACACUUACUCUAUUCCCAAGAAUGUACAGAAUCGGGUGCGAACUUGGUAUGAAUAUACAUGGGCAUCUCAAAGAAUGCUAGAUGAAUCUGAUCUCCUUCACAACUUGCCAACUACGAUGCAGUUAUCCCUGGCCGUUGAUAUGAACUUUGACAUUAUCAGCAAAGUCGAUUUGUUCAAGGGUUGUGACACACAGAUGAUAUAUGAUAUGCUGCUUAGACUGAAAUCCACUCUCUACUUACCUGGGGACUUUGUUUGCAAAAAGGGAGAAAUUGGCAAGGAAAUGUAUAUAAUCAAGCAAGGAGAAGUCCAGGUCCUUGGAGGUGCUGAUGGUAUGGAAGUUCUGGUAACUCUGAAAGCUGGAGCAGUAUUUGGAGAAAUCAGCCUUUUAGCAGCAAGAGGAGGAAACCGCCGAACUGCCAAUGUGGUGGCACAUGGAUUUGCUAAUCUUUUAACUCUAGAGAAAAAAACCCUCCAAGAAAUCCUAGUGCAUUAUCCUGAUUCGGAAAAGCUUCUCAUGAAAAAAGCAAGAGUACUUUUGAAAAAGAAGGGUACAGCUGCAGAGGCAACCCCUCCAAGGAAAGGAUUGGCCUUUCUCUUUCCUCCAAAACAAGAAACACCCAAAAUAUUUAGAGCUCUCCCAGGAGGCAAAGCAAGUCUUGCAAAGCUACUCAAAUUGAAAAGAGAACAAACGAUUCAGAAAAAAAGUGAAAACUCUGAAGGAGGAGAAGAUAAAGGAAAAGAUAAUGAAGAUAAAGGAAGAGCACCCGAAGAGAAACCAGUAGACAGACCCAAAUAUAACGCAAAUUCAACUAUAGUAGAGGGAAGCUCCCAGCCAAUUAGAAAUUCCAUUUUACCUAGAGGGCCAUCUACUCGUCAAUCACUCAUUAUCAGCAUGGCCCCAACCACUGAGGUUGGAGAGGAGGUGCUGAAAGUUGAAGUCAAAGAAAAGACUAAGUAA